GUCCACGCGAAACACUCGAUCGAGAAAGUCGCUCACCGUCCGGAGAGUUCGUUGCUUCAAGCCGCGCAAGUCUUCGCUAUCGAUCAGCCGAUCGGGGAGACGAACGAGGAAAAAAGGGUGGAGGAGUUGCAUCAAUAGAAUUUGUUUACAUUUCAAGCAAUCUUCUGGGAAGAAUCACCUAGUGCUGACCUAGUGCUAGCUAACAUGGCCAACGAGAAGGAAAGUGACAAAUCGGGGGUGCAAACGUUGUCCAAGACGGAAAAAAAGCUGGAGAAAAAGCCACAAGUGGCAGGUGAAGGCGGCAGCAAGAAAGUUGAUCACAACUGGUGGCUCCUGUUCGGGGUGGUCCUGGCCGCCACCAUCGGAACCCGCUUUUACAAUGUCACGGUUCCGGAUCACGUCUGCUGGGACGAAACCCAUUUUGGCAAGAUGGGUAGCUGGUACAUCAACCGGACCUUUUUCUUCGACGUUCACCCGCCGCUCGGGAAAAUGCUGAUCGGCCUGUCCGGCUACCUGACCGGGUACGAUGGCAAGUAUCCUUUUGACAAACCGGGCGACAAGUACAACGGGACCCACUACGAGGGGAUGAGGAUUUUCUGCACAGCGUUGGGUGCCGCAAUCGUUCCCAUGUCAUUCCACACAGUUUGGGAUAUGACAGGAUCGCUGACUGCUUCCGGUUUUGCUGCCGCUUAUCUGCUUUUCGAUAUCGGUAUUUUAAUCUUAAAUCGAUACAUUUUGUUGGAUCCCCCGUUGAUCUUCUUCAUGACGGCUUCUGUGAUGGGCAUGGCUCGGGUGACCAAGUUGACUCGGGACGGAGUCAGUUUUGGUGGAAAAUGGUGGGGAUGGCUUUCCUUUACCGGAGCUAUGUUGGCUUGCACGAUUAGUGUCAAGUUUGUGGGUUUGUUUGUAGUUCUUCUGGUUGGACUGCACACGGCUAGUGAUUUGUGGGAUGUUCUGGGUGAUCUUAGUCGUCCAAUCGCAUAUACCGUGAAGCAAUUGCUAGCCCGAGCAGCAACGCUGAUAGUGCUGCCAAUUAUUCUAUACGCAACAUUUUUCUUCAUCCAUCUGCACGUGUUGAAUCGGAGCGGAAGUGGAGACGGAUUCUACAGUUCCGGUUUCCAAUCGAAUUUGAUUGGAAACUCACUGUUUAACGUCUCGAUGCCCCGACAGGUGGCCUAUGGUGCCGUGAUAACGUUAAAAAAUCACAAAACCGGAGGAGGAUAUUUGCAUUCACACAAUCACCUGUACCCGAAAGGAUUCGGCGCCCAGCAGCAACAAGUCACGACCUACAGCCAUAAGGACGAUAACAACAAGUGGUUGAUAAAGCCGCAUAACAAGCAAACGGUAGAAAACGUAACGCUAGUAAAGCACGGCGCUUUGAUUCGUUUGGAACAUGUUCCCACAACGCGAAACUUGCAUUCCCAUCGAGAACAAGCACCCGUUACCAAGAAGCACAUGCAAAUCACGUGUUACGGAGAGUCCGGACUGGGCGAUACCAACGAUGUGUGGCAAGUUGAAAUCAUUGGCGGCAAGGAUGGCGAUGUGAUAGAAACCGUUACCAGUCGGUUGAUCCUGUAUCACUACAACGAGCGGUGCGUGCUCACCACAACGAACAAAGCGUUGCCCAAGUGGGGCUUCGAGCAGCAGGAAGUGACCUGCAAUCCGAACAUCCGGGAUAAGGCUGCGGUCUGGAACGUGGAGGAUAACCAGUUCGAUCAAUUACCCAGUGUGAAUUUCCAGGUGUACGCACCCGGAUUCAUAAGUCGGUUUUUUGAGUCACACGCGGUCAUGUUGCAGGGCAAUUCGGGACUGAAACCCAAGGAAGGAGAAGUUACUAGUCAACCGUGGCAGUGGCCCAUCAACUAUAAGGGUCAAUUUUUCUCUGGCUCCGAGCAUCGAGUCUAUCUCCUGGGUAAUCCUGUCAUCUGGUGGAGCAAUUUGGUCUUUCUGGCACUGUUUGUGCUGGUGUUUUCGGUAGAAGUUGUCCGAAACCAGCGGAAUUCAGGGGCGGAAACGACCGGCCUGGCCGGAACCGGAAAUGAUGAUUUCAAAUGGCGCUCCCUGCGGGCCUGUGCCUGGCUUUUCGGCGGCUGGAUGCUGCACUACUUGCCAUUCUACGCGAUGGGUCGAGUUCUCUACUUUCAUCAUUAUUUUCCGGCACUGGUCUUCAACUCGAUGCUCACAGGGAUAAUGCUGGAUUUCCUCACCCAUCGGCUGCCAAAAUGGGCCCGGCAGGCCGUCCUGGGGAUAGCAUUGGCCAUUCUGAUGUACAGUUUCGCGCUGUUUUCGCCGCUAGCCUACGGGAUGCAUGGACCAUUUUCUCACGAACCGAACUCCACCCUGGCCGGACUCAAGUGGAUGGAUAGCUGGGAGUUUUAAAGGUUUUACUCAAACAGGCAUGGAAAGUGAAAUUAGAGUUAGAUAAAACGUAAAAUGGAAACUUUAGUUGAAUAAUUAUAAUAUGUCACUCAACGAAAUUGUUUAAUACUCAAAUGUUUAACUUCAAAAAAUAAAUAACAUAU